CAGCGAAAUCAGGCGAGCCACUCGAGAUAGCGGCGGGUGGUGUGAGUAUAAAAGAUGAGGCCCACGGUUGCUGUGCAUCAUUCCGUCAACAUGGCCAGGCUCUUGGUGCUCUCAGUGCUGCUUUGCGCAGUGGCGGCGCAGAUUGGUGUCCACGCAGCGGUGGUGCAGGAUGGACCGUGGUGCACGAUGAACGAGUUGGUUUGCGGUGACCGCAAAGAGUGCUACCGGGCCGUUAGAAGGUGCGACGGUAAACGGGACUGCCGUGACGGCUCCGACGAGCUUGGCUGCGAUGGUAUCCCCAGCGCGGCCCUGCCCGUCAACGCCACGGUCUUGGUCCAGGCGCAGUACACGAAGCACUUCUCCUACUCCGACGACAACAGCGUGGAGCUUCUGCUGUGCGGCACCGACUCUUGCAACCGCGUGGCGGUGUUCGGCCACUACCUCGACGGCAGGCUUGGCACCUCCACGUGGACGGGGUGCAACCUCUCCGGCAAGGAGUGCGCCCGGCAGGAGUCGGGUUCCCACGGCUACGUGUACGACCUGCCCUCCGGCGAGGUGGCCGUGGAGGUGCAGCGACGUGCCAGCGAGCUGGCCGUGUGGCGCCAGGGGCAUCCUGAGGACGUCGUGACGGUCCCCAUCGAGGAGAACUUCGGCAAGCUCACCGUCAGGUUGUUCCAGAUGUGGAACAACAUGCCCGUCCAGUUCACUGGCGCCUCGUGCGGCGCGGCCGGCCAGCUGGAGUGCUCCUCGGGCCAGUGCGUGGACGCCGCCGCCUUCUGCAACGCAGUGGCCGACUGCGAAGACGGCAGCGACGAGGGCGCGGACACGUGUGAAGCGGUGCUUGCCACCACCACGCAGGCACCGACUACGCCCGAACCGACCACGACUACGGCCGGACCAACCUCGCCCGAACCGACAUUCGCCCCGUCAGAUUAGCCAGCAGAUCUUGUGUUCCACGGGAUGGCGAGUGCUACCGCAGCCCUAAAAACAUCUAAAGCGUUGUGCAACUUGGCAUUAAACGUUCAGUCAAAAUA